AUGUCUACCGCUAUCAUCGACUCCAAGGGCACUGAAAUAUUUUUUACGGACAGUGGACCUGUUCCAGGGUCGGACGACUAUACUACCUUGGUCAUAUACCAUGGCUCAGCAUUCACAGGAAGUACUUUUGAAAAGGUCGUUCCGCUAGCCGGCAAGGACAAUAUCCGGCUGGUCACCUUGAACCGACGUGACUAUGCUGGCUCUACGAAGUACUCAGACUCGGAGCUAGAAGACCUGAACGCAGGCCGCAUAGUAUUUAUGGUGCGCGCCGCCCUGGAAGUGGCCAACUUCCUUGUCUGGUUCGCCGAAACCCAUAAGAUCCCGCCGGUCAGCUCCGACGGCAAAUCUGGUGGGCUCGCCGUGUUGGGCUGGUCGAUGGGCUGUGCUUGGGCGAUCGCUCUAUUUGGACACCCUGAUAAGGUUCCCAAACGGGUAUAUGACAGGCUCAAACCUUACUAUCGGAUGUUAAUACUCUAUGAUCCACCACACCUCGCAUUCGGCUACGAACUUCCCUGCGAACUCAAAAGAUGCCUCCCGUGGUACAACCCCGAUUUCCCCACACCGGCCGACGUAGCCAAAAUGAUGCCGCAUUGGGUCUCCAGCUACUACGACCAGUCCAAGUUUUCCACACGCGACAUUAUGCAGUACGACUUCUCCUCUCGGACAGAGAGGGCAUCCAUCGACUCCAUGACCUCGGAGCAGUGUGCGCGAAACUGCGACUCCGCAGCGCUUGUGCGCCUUGAGGUGCCGAUGUUGACUGUUAUGCAGCCCGCGCUGCGGAAGCAGACAGAGAAGGCGUUGUUUGAUGAGGAAGUGACGCGCGAGAUCUUCCCGAAUGUAGAGAUUGUCCUCCAGGUUUGCACAUCCACGCUUGGGUCAUGCCUGUAUGGAUUCAGCGAAACGGAGAGGAUGUAUAAUGAAUGUCUCGAGAAAGGGAUCGGGCUUCGGCCAAUCAAGUUUCAGUAUCUCGAAGGGAAUCAUUUUGUGAGUAUCGUGCGUUGA